AUGGCACUUUCACUAUUGUCACAAAAUAGAUGCAGUUUUGGUGGUUGUCAGUUGUACUUUGCUAACACAGACGAUCUCAUUGCUCACAUAGAGUUUACCCAUAUUACCUAUCAGUUUAGACUAUUUCGAAUGCCCUACAAUCCCCAACCAUGUGCUCCUGAUGUUGUUCGUAUAACUUUCAAUCAUUAUCGGAAGCGGCAGCUUGAUUACUGCAUUCUCGAACUGCGCAUGGUGUGGUUUUGCAAGAAAAUAUUCUGUGUAGUCAGUCUAUUGCAAACGGAUCUGGAAGUCGUCUUUCAUCUCAAAACGAACCCCUUCCUAUCACAAUCAGUCCUACCAAAUACGCAGCGUUUGUCAUCUAUUGUAUUAAGGCUUUUAUAUGUUCCAUUUAAUAUUUCCCCAUUUUCCCACAUUUUUCUUUCCAUUAGACUUGUUGGAAUUUCCAGAUCUAGACCAUAUAAGUGUCACCAAUGUUCUAAAAGAUAUAAGACUACUGCCGGCCUGUCAAACCAUGUGGAUCAAUCCCAUAGGAAACAACCGGCAUCGCCUUCUCCUGCCGUGUUAGACCAGUUAAUUUCACAAGCUAGAGCUCACGGACAGGCUACAGCUGCUGCUCAAGAGCAGCAAGUGUGUCUUUUACUUGUUCAUUUUAUCAUCUACUACGUGCUCAUGAUGUGUUGUUAA